UUCAGCAGCAGGGGAGAGGCCAGGUAUUGGAGACUGUUGCUGAGAUACAGGAGCGGCAUGAUGCUGUAAGAGAUCUAGAGAGGAAGCUUCUGGAGUUGCAGCAGAUAUUCCUGGAUAUGGCGGUGUUGGUUGAGGCUCAAGGAGACAUGCUCAACCACAUAGAGACACAUGUUUCAAAUGCUACCAACCACAUACAGCAAGGCGUGGGUGCUCUCCAGAAGGCAAAGACGCUUCAGAAGAACUCGAGAAAGUGGAUGUGCUACGCCAUCAUCCUUCUGCUGGUGGUAGUGGCUAUCGUCGUGCUCGGGGUGAUCCAGCCAUGGAAGAAGAAGUAACCCUUGAGCCACGACCUGCCAACAUCUCGGCGCGGCGGCAUAUAUACAUAUAUACUGUUUUUUUUUCUGUGUGUGCAUUUUGUCUGUGUAGUUCAGUGACCGAGUGAUUCACACUCUUGUAUCUAUCGCUGCUGUACUGUACGGCUGGCUAUGUUCACCCAACCCAACCAAGCCCAUAUUGUUUGCCCAAUAUCUCUAGUUCUAUAAAAGACUCAGUUGGUGA